AAAACCAACUGCAACGAUAAGCUUAUUUGUUAGCCUAACAAUGUAUUAGAUAUAAAAAUGUCAUGUUACCAUAUAUUUGUGGCAAAUAAAUAAACACAAAAAGGAAUAUAAUUUUCUGGUAUUGACUAAAAUUAUUAACAAAAUGUAUGAUAAGUUCUUUAAAUUUUAAGCCCUCGUUUGAAAUGAAAAAUAACAAGGGGUACAUGUUUUCUAGUUUGUAUUUUUCUUUAUGCUGCGCAGCUAUAGCAUUUUUAAAAGAAAUUAUUUCUGUUUCAUCACACAAAAUGUUGCUGAACGAAAAUGUUAGGAUCGCUACCCUUAGACUGUGAUAAUUUACAUUUUAAAAGGGUAAAUAAAAUGAAAUAAAAACUUUUGUAUUGUGUAACACAAUUUUUCAAAACGUUUUAAGCAUUUAUCUAAAGUUAUGCAACGUAGCAUGAAGCUUAUGUAGAAUUAAGUAUUAAGAAUGUUUUAACAAUGCUUCAGGAUUUUUCUUUUUUCAAAAAAAGCUCACCGUAUUAUUGAUAUAUUUUACACAUUAGUUUGCUGUCUCUCCUAUAAAAUGUACCGAAAUGGAUGAAUUAAAAUAAUUCUACAUCGUUUUUAUGAAUUGUAGAGCUCAUGGAAAAACAAUACUUAUACUUUUAAGUUUGUUAUAUUUUUCAUAUAAAAUAAUAGGGC